GAGCAGGCGGCGGCUGAGUCUGGGGCUGGCCAGGAAACCAAAGAGCCUCUGCCAUGGAGCCAUCGUUGCCAAGGGAGGCCUCCCAUGCCCAGCCGGUGGCGACCUCUCCGCUGAAAGCAUACCAGUGGCACUCUGGACGCGGGGAGAAGGGGCCUGGGGGCUUCCGCUGGGGCCGCUUUGCAAGCUGGGGGAGGGCCCUGAGCCACCAGGAGCCCAUGGUGAGCAGCCAGCCAGCCCCUCCUCCUCCUCGCUCGCUGUUCCGAAGGGUGCUCUCGGCACCCCCCAAAGAAUCCAGGCCCAGCGGCCUCCGGCUGUCCAAGACCCUGUGGUCGAGACAAAAGACGGAACCUCUGGAGCCCAAGGCCCCAGAGCUGAAGCAGGAGCUAGAACCAGAGCCAGGGUCGCCUGCCCCACAGAUCCCCGAGGCGCCCACCCCCGACGCGCCUGUCUGGGACAUAGGCAGCUUUGCCCUGCUUGAUGGAAGGCUGGUGCUGCUCGGGAGUGAGGAGGAGGGUCCCCGCAGGUCCCGAGUGGGGAGCACCAGUUCCGAGGGCAGCAUGCAAACAGCCAUAGGGAACGUGAAGGGCCCCGAUGGGAACCGUGGAAGAACUGAGCCAGAAGCUGCUAGCUCCAGCCAGGUCCACAAUGUUCGGGGCUUGCUCAAGAGACUGAAGGAGAAGAAAAAGGCCAAGCUGGAGAUGGGAGCUCACACCCCUCGGGAUGGGUCCCCCAGUGCUCUGGGCUCCAGGGAAUCGCUGGCCACGUUCUCCGGGUUGGAUUUGGGCGCUGAGCGGGAUGUGCGCAUCUGGCCGUUGCAUUCGAGCCUCCUCGGGGAGCCCUACUGCUUCCAGGUAACUUGGGCAGGCGGGAGCCACUGCUUCUCGUGUCGCUCCGGCGCGGAGAGAGACCGCUGGAUCGAGGACCUUCGCCGCCAGUUCCAGCCGUGCCAGGACAGCGUGGAGCGGGAGGAGACGUGGCUGAGCGUGUGGGUGCACGAAGCGAAGGGGCUGCCCAGGACCGCGAGCACUGCGCCCGGCGUGCGCACCGAGCUGUGGCUGGACGGCGCGCUCUUGGCGCGCACUGCGGCGCGGUCAGGCCCCGGGCAGCUCUUCUGGGCCGAGCGCUUCCACUUUGAGGCUCUACCGGCAGCCCGACGCCUAUCGUUACGGCUUCGUGGAGCUGACCCCGAGGGUCCGGUGGUGGGUCGGGUGACGCUGGCCCUGGAGGAGGUGAGCGUCCCCCGGGCGCCUCCCGCGGGCUUGGAGCGUUGGUUCCCGCUGCUCGGGGCGCAGGCCCGGGGCGCGCUGCGGGCGCGGAUCAGGGCACGGCGUCUGCGCGUGCUGCCGUCCGAGCGCUACAAGGAGCUGGCCGAGUUCCUGACCUUCCACUACACUCGCCUCUGCGGGGCCCUGGAGCCCGCGCUGCCCGCGAUGGCCAAGGAGGAGCUAGCCACAGCCAUGGUGCGGGUACUGAGGGCCACUGGCCGGGCGCAGGCGUUGGUGACAGACCUGGCUACAGCGGAGCUGGCGCGCUGUGGAGGUCGUGAAGCUCUGCUGUUCCGAGAAAACACCCUGGCCACCAAGGCCAUUGACGAAUACAUGAAACUGGUGGCGCAGGAUUACCUCCAGGAGACCUUGGGGCAGGUUGUGCGGCGCGUCUGUGCCUCCGCCGACAGCUGUGAAGUGGACCCCAGCAAGUGCCCAGCCACAGAGCUGCCGGAACACCAGGCCAGACUUCGAAACAGCUGCAAGGAAGUCUUUGAAGCCAUCGUCCGCUCCUAUGACUGGUUCCCAGCAGAGCUGGGCGCUGUGUUUUCAGGCUGGCGAGAAGUAUGCAAGGCACGUGGCUCUGAGGCCCUGGGCCCUCGGCUGGUGUGUGCCUCCCUCUUUCUGCGAUUUUUAUGCCCUGCCAUCCUGGCACCCAGCCUCUUUGGCCUGGCACCGGAUCACCCGGCCCCUGGACCAGCCCGUACCCUGACUCUGAUUGCCAAGGUCAUCCAGAACCUUGCCAAUCGUGCCCCGUUCGGUGAGAAGGAAGCCUAUAUGGGCUUCAUGAAUGCUUUCCUGGAGGAGCAUGGGCCGGCCAUGCAAGGCUUCCUGGACCAAGUGGCGGUGGUGGACACGGCUGCUUUGCCCAGUAGUUACCAAGGCAGCGGAGACCUGGCGCUCCAGUUGGCAGUUCUGCACGCUCAGCUCUGCACGAUUUUUGCAGAACUUGACCAGACCACCCGAGAUGGCUUAGAACCGCUACCCACCAUCUUACAAGCCAUUGAGGAGGGCCGGCCUGCCCCCGUGUGUGUGCCAAUGCAUCUUCCCCGGACUCCUAUCCAAGUCCACUCCAGCUUUUCCGCAGGGGAGAGGCCCGGUUUCCUGGCUCCCCGAGACCUCCCAAAGCACACCCCUCUCAUCUCCAAGAGCCAGUCUCUGCGCAGUUUUCAGGGUGCUGGGAGCUGGGCCCGGAGGCGGCCGGAUGAGCAGAAGCGCCCCCGGCCCCUUCGGCCAGUGCAGCGCACACAGAGCGUCCCUGUCCGCCGCUGUCCAUCGGUGGGGGGCCGGCAGCGACCCAAGGGCUCCCAGCGUCCUGCGCCACGUGGCCGGGCCUUGAUCGGGGAUUCGGCCUCCCUGCCUCGGAGGCCAUCAGUGCCCUGGCAACGCCAGCUGGACCUGCCCAGGGACCGAGAGCAGAUGCUGGACACACGUCGACCGAUGGGCAAGCUGUCAGAGCUACAGUGUGAGGUGGCCGCCCUGCGCAAGGAGCAGAGAGCGUUGUCCCGCCUGGUGGAGUCGCUGAAUACCCACGUGCAGGCACUUGGAGGGCAGCCCGGGCAGCUCCGGAGGAGCCCGCAGCACGACCCGGACUCCAGGCUGGGAGCUGGGACCUCAGAGUUGGAUCCAAGCGCUGAAGACCAUAGGCUGAAAAAUCUGGAGAACCGCCUGAGCGAGCUGGAGCGCGCUCAGGGCCAGCUGAGGGAGGCCAUCCAGAGCCUGCAGCUUCUCACAAGGACACCAGGAUCUGGGAGUCAGCCCCUAGCUCUCAAAGCGCCCUUGGCCAACGGAGACACCACCUGAGCUGCCCAUCUCAUCCCAUGGGAUCUGGAAAGCCAGGAGAGCCAUCCUGUGGGGUUCCUGACCCUGCUUCAGGCCCGCAUGGUCUUCUGUGUGGGGUGGGGUGGAGGUACCCACCACUUCUGCGCUGUGACAUU